AGAGAGAGAAACAGAUUAUUUCACAGAGAAAUCGGGGACCUUCUGGACUCGCGCUGCCUAUGAUCAUAGCAUCCUUAAGCCUCUGACGGAGCGGCCGCCAUUGAUCAGCGAGCGAGCCCUGCAGGUCCUGGCGAGGCCGGGGCCCCUGGUGAAGUACAGCCAGAGAGUCGGGGAAGACCCCUACCAUCCGGACACCAAUCGUCGGGGUUUCAUAGACAUGGGCCUUGCUGAAAACAGAUUGUGCCAGGAUAUUACUACUGAGAAGCUUCGUUCACUGGAUCUCAGCAUAGAAGCCGAAUCAUCGUUACAGUACUACCCAAACUUAAAGGGCCUGCCCAGCUUCAGGCGUGCUUUGGCUAGUUUCAUAGAUCGCCGCUUUCGUCCGCGAAAGAAAAUAGAUCCCGAGCAGCUGAUCGUGGCGAGUGGUACAACCGCCAUCUUGGACACUUUGGCUUUGUCUCUCGCUGAGGCCGGAGACUACAUCAUGGUGCCGGCCCCAUACUACUACCGUAUCAGGAACGACCUGGAGGACAGAGCCGGUGUGCAUGUACUGGAGGUACCGCUGUCUAGCAAGGCGGGAUUCGAACUGACUGUCAAGAGCUUUGAGAUCGUGCACGCUCUAGCAAGGCGGCAGGGCAAGAAAGUCCGUGGCAUGAUCCUCAUCAAUCCCAACAACCCCCUGGGUGACGUCUACUCCCAAAGCUUCCUGAUCGAGUGCCUGCACUUUGCUUUCAAACAUGGCCUUCAUGUGAUAGCAGACGAGAUCUAUGCCCUCUCGGUUUUUGAUGAAAGCACCAAGUUUUUCAGCAUCCUCUCUCUGCCUAUACCUGACCCUCAGAGAGUUCAUUUCAUCUGGGGUGCCAGCAAGGACCUCGGAUUAUCAGGCUACAGGUGUGGAGUAUUACACACCAGAAACAGGCAAGUGUUGGAGUUUGCAACAGCAGUGGGAAUUUUUCAGCUGACACCACCCCUAAUGCAAAGGCGCUUGGAGCACAUUAUCUCUGAUGACGACUGGCUGGAUAAGGUGUACUUCCCCACAUACCACACUCGCCUUACUAGUGUUCACAGAGCAGCCUGUGCCAAGCUUGCUGCCAUGGGGGUUAAAGUUCAUCCUUCCAAGGCGGGUAUAUUUCUCUGGGCAGAUUUCUCUCCAUUCCUUUCGGAGCCCACAUUUGCUGCUGAACAUGCACUCUUUGAACGCUUCUUGGAUGCUAGAGUCUACGUGAUGCCAGGAAAUGCCAGUUACUGCCCCACACCAGGCUGGUUCCGCCUGAUCAUUGCAUCUGAGAAAAACCAAGUACUGGAAGGAUUACACCGCAUAGAGCAUGUCCUUCUGUCUCUUCCACUCGAGAAACUCUCAUCUAGCUGGAGACUUUUUUGAAAUCUUACCGUUAUACUUCACCCAGGAGAAUGCUUCCCACCUUGUACUUACCAUCGACUAAAAAAGGAAUCUAACACUAUUUACAACUAUUUAUAAGCCAUUAAAUAAGUUCAUACCAGCUAAAAACAAUUGCAGAUUUUAUAAUGCUUUGAUUCAUUCCUGACUUUCGGUCAUCAUCGGUAUUCAUUACAAUUCAGGGACCUUUAUUUAAUCAAGGUCGGUGUUACAAUCCAUUCAAUUGCUAUAUGGACUUAGCAUCCAUACAUUAUCCGACAAUUUUCACAGAUCCUUCCUGUAAAAUGAACAACUUUUAUCAAACACUAGCAGCUUUGGUCCCCUCAAUUUAUUUGCAAAGUCUCUUUUAUUGGCAAGAUUGCAAUUCUCUAGACUGCUCAGGUAUGGUGUUCAAAAAUAUCUUCAAAAGACAUGCUCUAAGCUAUUUUUAGAGGAGCACAGGGACAUGCAAAGUGUUUUCAGUCUUACAAUUAUGUAAUAUAGGUAGAGGAAGAAACUGAAAAUAUUAUUUCUUUCUUAAGCUGAUUUGGAGAUAACAAAAGGCACUUUUAGAGCUACCCAAGGGGGCAACUUGCUGAAAGAGUAAAUAAGCAUACAAAUAUAGACGUGCAAACAUUGUUUUGUGCAUUGUUGAUUAUGUAUUUGUGGUGAAAGCACAUCUUUUAGAUCAGUUGUAAGUCAUAAAUUCACUGUAAUGUAUAAUCAAAGCAAAAUGUAACAUAUACAUUGUAUCAUAUUAUUUUGUAAUAUACAAAUUUCUGAAAGAUAUUGUAAGAAAUUACUUAUCUUGUUUAUCUUCACUAUCUUUACUAAAUCUUUUAAAUGUUGGGGAAGAUCUUUACCAUAGUAAGCUAAACCAAACAAACACCAAAGUGUGAAAAUAAGCAAUAUCUGCAUUUUAUUUUCAGCAAAACGUAUAAUUAAAAAUCAAUAAAAAUCUUAUACUAUUUCUUA